CACGAGGGCGGUCGCGGGCGCCGCGGAGUGGCAAUUACGUACUUUCACUGAUAAUUCCCGACCACCUCCUCUUCACUCUGGACGCCCCCCACUCUUUCCAGUUUUCCCCACCAUCUCGCCUUUCCCCCUUUUUUGAACUCAACUCAUUUUACUGUAAAGCAUUUCAAUUAUUUAGAGAGCUGUGAGAGUUAUGGCUUCUGGCGGCGGUAUUAGGAAUGGGAAUCACAAGGCAACGAAUCCAAGGACUUCAUCCUCUGUUAAAUCUAAGCUUCCACCGCCGACAUCUAAUCUCCGGCGCAGUAGCGUCUCCCCUCUCGGCACCGGUGAAGGUGUUUCUGGAAGAGUUUGAGUUUCCAUACGAUUGAGACCGCGGAAUGAUGAGGAAUUGGCAGCAGAUGCCGAUUUUGCUGAUUGUGUAGAGCUGCAACCUGAGCUUAAAAGGUUGAAACUAAGAAAGAACAACUGGGAUACGGAUACAUAUGAGUUUGAUGAGGUCUUCACCGAGUUUGCAUCACAAAAGCGUGUGUACGAGGUGGUUGCGAAACCUGUUGUGGUGUGCCCGUGUCCCUAUCACCUAUACUCUUGGAGAAUUGGGAAAUGAAGAUCACUCCACUCGUGGUAUUAUGGUUCGGUCAAUGGAAGACAUUCUUGAAAAUAUAAGUCCAGAUACUGACUCAGUCUCUGUAUCAUACUUGCAGCUUUAUAUGGAAACAAUCCAGGACCUCCUUAAUCCUGCAAAUGAUAACAUUUCUAUAGUUGAAGACCAGAAAACUGGCGAUGUAUCCCUACCAGGGGCAACGGUUGCUGAUGUCCGAGGAAAGGGAAAUUUUAUGGAGCUACUACAGUUGGGGGAAGCUCAUAGAUAUGCUGCUAACACAAAGAUGAACACUGAAUCUUCUCGUAGUCAUGCUAUUCUAAUGGUGCACAUCAAGAGGUCUGUUUCUGUAAGGGAAACAGAUAUUUCUGCUGAUUUUGAUGAUCCUUCUCCCUUGGCUACUAAUUUUAAACCACCCAUGCUUAGAAAAGGAAAGCUCCUCCUCGUAGACCUUGCUGGUUCUGAACGUGUUCUUAAAUCUGGAAGUGAAGGGCAUAUGCUAGAAGAAGCCAAGUCUAUCAACCUUUCAUUGAGUGCAUUGGGGAAGUGCAUAAAUGCUCUGGCAGAAAAUAGUACUCAUGUUCCAGUCCGGGAUUCAAAACUAACACGGUUGCUUAAGGACUCAUUUGGAGGCACAUCAAGAACGUCAUUAGUUGUGACCAUUGGUCCAUCGCCACGCCAUCGAGCAGAGACAGCAAGUACCAUUUUGUUUGGACAAAGGGCUAUGAAGGUGGAGAACAUGUUGAAAAUCAAGGAGGAGUUUGAUUACAGAAGUUUGUGUAAAAGGCUUGAGGAACAAGUUGACAAACUCAUUGCUGAAAAUGAAAGACAACAAAAUGCUUUUGAGGAUGAGGUAAAGAGAAUCAGGUUAGAAGCGCAAAAGCACGUCUCUAAGGCCGAGCAGAACUGUGCAGAUGAACUAAAGGAAGAGAAAAUUCGGUGCCAGAUGGAAUAUAUGGAUUCAAUUAAGAAACUUGAAGAAAAGAUGCUUAAUCAACAGAGGCAUCCAGCCAAUGGUGUCACCGAUAAUGGAGAGAGUCACAGUGGGUUCAACAGUGAGGAUGUAUCUGAACUGAAGAAGUUGCUGCAGAAUGAAAUUCAAACAAGAAAGGCAGCAGAAGAGGAAAUCAGUAGCCUAAAAAAUCAGAUUAUGAAGUUAAAAAAACAAGAAUUACCCACUGGAAACUCAGAUACUAUGUGUCUCCAAAAGCUGCUGGAAGAGGAGGCUAGUGAAAAGAAGAGGCUGGAAGACGAAGUGAUCCUCUUAAGAAGUCAAUUGUCUCAAUUGAAUUUGGAAGCAAGUCAGACUAGAAGCUAUGAUGAUAGAAGCAGAAAUGGCAAUUCGCUUUCUGGUCUGGAUUCUCUGUCUGCACUUAGACAUCUGCAGUAUAAAAAUGGCAAUAAUGGGGAGAGAGUGGCAAUAACCAAUCUCCAUGAACAUGUUGGGCUAAAUAAGAUUAUGUCAUUGCUGGAAUCAGAAGAUGCUAGUGUGCAGAUUCAUGCCGUGAAAGUGGUUGCCAACCUAGCAGCAGAAGAAGCAAAUCAGGAAAAAAUUGUUGAAGUUGGAGGUCUUACUUCGCUGCUGAUGCUCCUUAGAAAAUCUGAGGAUGAGACAAUACGUAGAAUAGCUGCCGGUGCAAUUGCAAAUCUCGCAAUGAAUGAAGCAAAUCAGGAGCUUAUUAUGGCUCAUAGUGGGAUUAGUCUUUUGUCAAUGACAGCAGCUGAAGCUGAGGAUCCUCAGACUCUACGGAUGGUUGCUGGAGCGAUUGCUAAUCUAUGUGGAAAUGAUAAACUGCAGACGAGGCUAAGAACAGAAGGAGGUAUAAGGGCUUUGCUUGGAAUGGUGAGGUGCAGACAUCCUGAUGUUCUUUCCCAAGUUGCACGUGGAAUUGCCAAUUUUGCCAAGUGUGAGUCCAGAGCUUCUUCGCAGGGCAUAAAACUUGGACGGUCCCUUCUAAUAGAAGAUGGGGCACUACCAUGGAUUGUGCAAAACGCCAAUAAUGAAGCCUCACUUAUUAGACGGCACGUGGAGCUUGCACUUUGUCACCUCGCACAACAUGAAGUAAAUGCAAAAGACAUGAUUAGCGGGGGAGCCCUCUGGGAGCUGUAUCGUAUCUCACGUGACUGCACACGUGAUGACAUAAAGUCACUUGCACGCCAGACGCUGGCUUCAAGCCCAACUUUUUUAUCUGAAAUGCGGCGCUUGCAUAUAGAUGUAUAGACGGAUGAUGGUGGGUCCAAGUACCGAAUGGAGGAUUUCAACCAUAUUUGCCAAAUUUGACUAACCAGUUAUUAGAAGAAGGGGGCGGCUGUCUUUGCAAACACAGAUCAGCAUCUUGUUUGUUCAUAUCCAUUCAUUUUUUGUUGGUUGAAGUUAUACUACUUAUGACAUCUUGUGUGUUGUAACAUAUAUAUGAAUGAAUGGAGGUAAAUUUAAUGAAAUUUACUAGUUCAAUCGUUCCACAUAUUGUUCUUCUUAGUUUCGUGUAUUACAGUAUUAGCACUUCAGUAGUUCAGUAGUCAUUUUAAAAGUCCGAUGUUGCGUCAUGCACUGUGGUUGGUUUAAGAUCGUCAGAUGGAAG